AUGGCAUCUUCAGAUUUUGAAGUAAAUUAUUGUGGUAUCACACGAGAUACAUUUGAAGAGCAUGCCAAUAUACAAGAUAUACCCUCAUCCAAUCACAGCAACAAUGCAUCAUUUGAUUCUUUUAAACAGGUCCGAUCUUCUGAUUCAUCACAGACUGUAACACAGAAUAAAAGUCACAGAAGAGGUGCUAAACAUCAAACCGCUCACGUAAAAGAGAAUACAUUUUCAUGUUCAGAAUGUGGAAAAUGUUUUAGAUUUAAAUCUCAGAUUGUUACACAUCAGAGAAAUAACACAGGGGAGAAGCCAUUUGCAUGUUCAGAAUGUGGAAAAUGUUUUAACCAGAAAUCAGAUUUUGUUAUGCAUCAGAGAAUUCACACAGGGGAGAAGCCAUUUUCAUGUGCAGAAUGUGGAAAAUGUUUUAACCAGAAAUCAGAUUUUGUUAUGCAUCAGAGAAUUCACACAGGGGAGAAGCCAUAUUCAUGUGCAGAAUGUGGGAAAUGUUUUAACCAGAAAUCAACUCUUGAUACACAUCAGAGAAUUCACACAGGGGAGAAGCCAUUUUCAUAUUCAGAAUGUGGGAAAUGUUUUAAGAUGAAAUCAGAAUUUGUUAUACAUCAGACAAAUCACACAGGAGAGAAGCCAUUUUUAUGUUCAGAAUGUGGGAAAUGUUUUAACCAGAAAUCAACUCUUGAUACACAUCAGAGAAUUCACACAGGGGAGAAGCCAUUUUCAUAUUCAGAAUGUGGGAAAUGUUUUAAGAUGAAAUCAGAAUUUGUUAUACAUCAGAGAAAUCACACAGGGGAGAAGCCAUUUUCAUGUUCAGAAUGUGAUAUGUGUUUCAAUCAUAAAUCAUACCUUGUUUGUGGUAGAGGCUACGGAGGAAGAGGAGCCUUGACGGUGACAGGUGACGAGGACUAG